UGACUGGGCCUCCUACACCCUGGGCGUGUUCAUCUGCCUGAGCUGCUCCGCCAUCCACCGCAACAUCCCGCAGGUCAGCAAGGUCAAGUCCGUCCGCCUGGACACCUGGGAGGAGGCCCAAGUGGAGUUCAUGGCCUCCCACGGGAACGACGUGGCCAGGGCCACAUAUGAGUCCAAAGUGCCAUCUUUCUACUACCGGCCCACGUCCUCCGACUGUCACCUCCUGCGGGAACAGUGGAUCCGGGCCAAGUAUGAGCGGCAGGAAUUCACCGACCCUGAGAAGCAGGAGCCCUACUCUGCAGGAUACCGAGAGGGUUUUCUCUGGAAGCGCGGCCGGGACAACGGGCAGUUUUUAAGCCGGAAGUUUGUGCUGACCGAACGUGAGGGAGCCCUGAAGUAUUUCAACAGGAAUGAUGCCAAGGAGCCCAAGGCCGUCAUGAAGAUUGAGCAUCUGAACGCCACCUUCCAGCCAGCCAAGAUCGGCCACCCUCACGGCCUGCAGGUCACCUACCUGAAGGACAACAGCACCCGCAACAUCUUCAUCUACCACGAGGACGGGAAGGAGAUGGCCGACUGGUUCAACGCGCUCCGGGCCGCCCGCUUCCAUUACCUGCAGGUGGCCUUCCCGGGGGCCAGCGACCUGGACCUGGUGCCGAAGCUGACCAGGAACUACCUGAAGGAAGGCUACAUGGAGAAAACGGGUCCCAAGCAGACAGAAGGCUUCCGGAGGCGCUGGUUCACUAUGGACGACCGGAGGCUCAUGUACUUCAAGGACCCCCUGGAUGCCUUCGCCCGAGGGGAAGUCUUCAUCGGCAGCAGUGAGAGCGGCUACACAGUGCUGGACAGGCUCCCGCCUUCCACCCAGGGCCACCACUGGCCUCACGGCAUCACCAUUGUCACGCCGGAGCGCAGGUUCCUGCUGGCCUGUGAGACGGAGCUGGAGCAGCGGGCGUGGGUGGAGGCCUUCCGGCAGGUGGUGGACAGGCCCAUGCUGCCCCAGGAGUACGCAGUGGAAGCCCACUUCAAACACAAGCCCUAGCAGGAGACGGUCCUGGAGGCCGAGGACGUGGACCACUUGACGUGGCUGGCGAGGCGGCGGGGGCUGCACUGUGGGGUCUGCCGACAGAGGAAGCCAGACAUCCGGCCCCGGCCCCGGCCCCGAGGGGCAGCCCAGACACGGCUGGGGGCCUGAGCUGCAGCCACCAGGACCUGUUUCUCUAGAACCUCAUUGUGGGCCGAACUGGCCUGACCUCCGACCCCGUCAUGCUGCUGUCCCUCCCUCCCUGCCCACUGAACACCCUUCCUGAGGGCCUGGCCGCCCAGACGCCCCUCACUGAGCCCCCUGCCACCACUCACCUGGGCAGGAGCCGCCCGACGAGGCUGGACUGUGGGGACAGCGGGCGGCCUGCAUGCCUCCCCGCGCCGCCCGCCUCCCCCAGCAAGCACUGAGUAUCUGCCCUGGGGUCAGGGCCCCCACCUGGUGCCCCAGCCCAGCCCUCCAGGCUGCCUGCC